AUGCUGGCUCUGUCUAGAUGUUCGACUGCUCUGAGGUGGAGGCUUCCCCUGCGCUGUGCUGCUGUCCCCGUGGGGAGCUCCACCGUGAGCAGCCGGCACUCCACCACGGCCAGGCCGCAGUUUUUAACCCAGACCGCGCUGUUUCACCAAAGUAAAGCCAAAGCAAGUCCUGAUCCGAACAAGAUCACUUCAGUGUCUGCCUUCUGGUCCGGACUGGAGGAGGAGCUGUUGGAGAUGGGGAUGUGGUCGGUGGGUCUGGGGGCUGUCGGAGCAGCCCUAGCUGGCAUCUUCUUGGCAAACACCGAUUUUUGUCUUCCAAAAGGUUCGAAGGCGUCGCUGGAGUACCUCGAAGAUGCUGACCUGCGGUCCACAGUGGAAGAUGAGAAAGUCGUCAAAGCCAAGAGCCUGUGGGAGAAGAACGGGGCCGUGGUGAUGGCUGUAAGGCGACCGGGAUGAUUUUUGUGCAGAGAGGAGGCCUCUGAGCUGUCCUCUCUGAAACCCCAGCUGGAGGAGCUCGGGGUCCCUUUGGUCGCUGUGGUGAAAGAAAACUUGGCCGCAGAGAUCCAGGGCUUCAGACCGCACUUCGCUGGGGACAUCUACAUCGAUGAAAAGAAAUGUUUCUACGGCCCGCUGCAGAGAAGGAUGGGAGGUUUGGGCUUCGUUCGCCUUGGAGUGUGGAGGAACUUCAUUCGGGCCUGGAAGUCUGGUUACCAGGGCAACAUGAACGGGGAGGGCUUCAUCCUCGGGGGAGUGUUUGUCAUCGGAGCAGGAAAACAGGGAGUCCUCCUGGAACACCAGGAGAAGGAGUUCGGGGAUAAGGUGGAGAUAUCAGACGUUCUGCAGGCUGCAAAGAACAUCGUUCCUGAGAAGUAAUUUCUGCAGCGUCAUCAACGAGUGAUCAAGAUCAAAUCCUGUUGAACUGUAAUCUGUUUACGGAGAUUAUUACAACAAAAUACCUUUUUAUUUUCGUCCAAUAAUGUGCUGCUGAAGAGCUAAUGUUUUGUCAGCACAUAUCUGUGAAUAUUCUUAAGUUCCACAAAACUUAAAAAAAAAAAAAAAUACAUUUUGUCACAGGGAUUAAAAAAAACACCUUAUUUCAGGAACAUCCAGAUUCAGGUAGAGCAACGAAACAAACUUGAAAAUGUCAUAACUACUAAUUUCAGUUUAAAUGCUAGCUUUGUGAUUACGGAUGACACAAUUUAAAGCCAUUAGCGUGUAAAAUCUUAGAUUCCUGCUCCUGAUCAGACACCGGAACGGCCUCCGACACGAGCGACCGGAGUGUGUGCUCUGUGUGUGUGAUGAUGAUAACUUGACUCUAAACUCAGCGAGAGGAGCGAGUUUGAUGCCCAAACACACACACGGGCUCAGUUUGUGACCUCGUGCAUACGACUGUGGUGCAGUCUUGAGUAGGUUUUGCUUUGUGUGUGUAAAACUGUGCUGAUUAGCUGCUGAAGAUUAUGAAUAAUAAAGACUUUAUUUUUGUCUUAUUUUAAAUGUAUGUGUCGGGCAAAAAUAUAAUUUCC